AUGCCGGAUGCCCUGAAUUUUAAAUUGCCCUCUAUCGACGAGUGCUACAGCAAAGCUAACGUCCUGGAGGGGGACUCCAUGGAUCAGGACGUGGAGAGUCCUGUGGCCAUUCACCAGCCAAAGUUGCCUAAGCAAGCUCGAGAUGACCUGCCAAGACACAUCAGCAGAGAUCGGACCAAAAGGAAAAUUCAGAGGUACGUGAGGAAGGAUGGGAAGUGCAACGUCCACCACGGCAAUGUGAGGGAGACCUAUCGUUAUCUAACGGAUAUCUUCACCACCUUGGUGGACCUUAAGUGGCGAUUCAACCUGUUGAUUUUCGUCAUGGUUUACACAGUGACUUGGCUCUUCUUUGGAAUGAUCUGGUGGCUAAUUGCUUAUAUCCGAGGAGAUAUGGACCACAUAGAGGACCCCUCAUGGACUCCCUGUGUCACCAACCUCAACGGGUUUGUCUCUGCUUUUUUAUUUUCAAUAGAGACAGAAACCACCAUCGGGUAUGGCUACCGGGUCAUCACGGACAAGUGCCCAGAGGGAAUUAUUCUCCUCUUAAUCCAGUCUGUGUUGGGCUCCAUUGUCAAUGCAUUCAUGGUGGGAUGUAUGUUUGUAAAAAUAUCUCAACCCAAGAAGAGGGCAGAGACCCUGGUCUUUUCUACCCAUGCAGUGAUCUCUAUGCGGGAUGGGAAACUGUGCCUGAUGUUCCGGGUGGGGGAUCUGAGGAAUUCCCACAUCGUGGAGGCUUCCAUCAGAGCCAAGUUGAUCAAAUCCAAACAGACCUCGGAAGGGGAGUUCAUCCCCUUGAACCAGACAGAUAUCAACGUAGGCUAUUACACAGGAGAUGACCGUCUGUUCCUGGUGUCACCGCUGAUCAUUAGCCAUGAAAUUAACCAACAGAGUCCUUUCUGGGAGAUCUCCAAAGCCCAGCUACCCAAAGAGGAACUGGAAAUUGUGGUCAUCCUAGAAGGAAUGGUGGAAGCCACAGGGAUGACAUGCCAAGCCCGAAGCUCCUACAUCACCAGUGAGAUCCUGUGGGGUUACCGCUUCACACCUGUCCUGACCCUGGAGGAUGGGUUCUAUGAAGUCGACUACAACAGCUUCCAUGAGACCUAUGAGACCAGCACCCCAUCCCUCAGUGCCAAAGAGCUGGCCGAGUUGGCCAGCAGGGCAGAGCUGCCCCUGAGUUGGUCUGUAUCCAGCAAACUAAAUCAACAUGCAGAACUGGAGACCGAGGAGGAAGAAAAGAACCCUGAAGAGCAAACGGAAAGGAAUGGUGAUGUGGCAAACCUAGAGAAUGAAUCCAAAGUUUAGUCUCCUAGCUGGGCAACCCCUUCUCCUCUCCCCCAACACAACG